AAGAAGUGGAGAGAAGAACGGGUACUGUGAGAGGAGCUGACGGAGCAUUAAUGAGACAUUGGCCGGUUAGAGUUACAGUUUUAGUUGUACUCGCCACUAUUUACAGACUUGAUCUGCGGACUAGGAAGCAAAAGAAAAAAAUUAAUAAAAAAUCGGGACAGCUCCGCCAUUCAAUACUAACUUUAGUGGAUUAAUUUAUUAUCAAAAAUGGGCUUGGGAAGAUUUCGCACAAAGACGCCGGGGAUAUUAGCCUUUCUCGGACGCUCAUUCCUUUGUAUUAUCGGGCUGUUACUGACCUUUUCUAAACCUGUCUGCGAGGCGUUCAACUUGGAUGUGGACAACCCAGCUGUUUACAGCGGACCUAAAGGGAGCUACUUCGGAUAUGCAGUUGACUUUUAUUUGUCUGACUCUGCCAGUGCAAGUGUGGUUGUAGGAGCCCCCAAGGCGAGCACAAGGCAGGUUGAUGUUACAGAGGGAGGGUCUGUAUUCUACUGUCCAUGGAGCCUCAGCCAAACAGACUGCCACACCAUUGAAUUUGAUCCUGAAGGGGAUCGCAAUGUCUUGAUCAAUAACACAGAAUACCAAGGUGAUUUCAAGUCCCGCCAAUGGUUCGGCGCCACUGUCCGUUCUCACGGUGACACAAUUUUGGCUUGUGCCCCACUUUACUCAUGGCGAACUGAGAAGGAUGUCCCCCAUUCUGAUGCUACAGGAAGCUGCUACCUCUCCAUCCAAAAUUUUACCAAAUUUGUGGAGUAUGCUCCUUGUCGUACAGAAAUCAGUGAUGAGGCGGGACAAGGUUACUGUCAGGGAGGAUUCAGUGCAGACUUUACAAUGGAUGGCAAAGUGGUAUUGGGAGGGCCCGGCAGCUUUUUCUGGCAAGGUCAGGUGAUCUCAGCAGCUAAGGAGGACAUUAUCAGAGCGUACUAUCCAGGCUAUUUUAUGCAGGCUGUGAGUGGCCAGAUCCAGACCAAACAGGCCCAUUCUGUGAAUGAUGACAGCUACCAAGGCUACUCUGUUGCAGUUGGGGAAUUCAGUGGUGAUGAGGUAGAAGAUUUUGUUGCUGGGGUUCCAAAAGGACGCAUGCUUUAUGGUUCGGUGUCUAUUCUGAACGGUACAGAUCUGACAAACAUGACUGAGUACACUGGUGAGCAGAUGGGCUCAUAUUUUGGCUAUGCCGUGGCCACAACUGAUAUCAACAGUGAUGGGUUGGUUGACCUGCUGGUGGGAGCUCCCAUGCUCAUGGUCCGAAGCUCUGAUGGCCGCCUGGAAGAGAUGGGCCGAGUCUAUGUUUAUCUACAGCGUAGCCCCCUGAAACUGGAGCCCCAUCUACCUCACCUAACAGGGACUCAGGUGUUUGGGAGAUUUGGCAGCACCAUUGCACCACUGGGAGAUCUGAACCUGGAUGGUUUCAAUGAUGUGGCUAUCAGCUGUCCGUUUGGAGGAGAGGAUCAACAGGGACUGGUCUAUAUUUAUAAUGGAUACUCAGCAGGACUCAGAGAAAAGCCAUCUCAGGUGAUUAGGGGCCAGUGGGCUGCAGGGACUAUUCCUGCUAGCUUUGGAUUUGCCCUCAGAGGUGCUACAGACCUGGACAUGAAUGGAUACCCAGAUCUCAUUGUUGGAGCCUUUGGUGUUAAUAAGGCUAUCCUAUAUAGAUCCCGUCCGAUAGUGAACACCAGUGCCUUGCUGACAGUUUCCCCCACCAUGAUCAACCCUGAGGAGAAGAACUGCAUUCUCACCAGUGGAAACUCCAGCGUUCCUGUUUCCUGUGUCAACCUGAGUUUCUGCAUAUCUGCUGAUGGGAAGCACCUUCCAAGCAACUUAGAUUUCCAGGUGGAGGUGCAGCUUGAUAGUCAUAAGAACAAGCAGAAAGGUGCAGUGAAGAGGGCUCUGUUCUUGAAUUCCCAGCAGCCUUUGCUCCAGAGCAUUGUAAGGUUGAGCCAUGGAGAGCGUAUGUGCCACCAAGAAAAGAUCUACCUAAGAGAUGAGAAAGAGUUCAGAGAUAAACUCUCCGCUAUUUAUGUGGCCUUGAACUUCAGCUUGGACCCAAAAGCUGCAGCAGACUCCCACGGCCUGCGGCCCAUCCUCAACUAUCAGACCACACACGUAAUUGAACAGAAGGCUCAGAUUCUGUUGGACUGCGGAGACGACAACAUCUGUGUUCCUGACUUGAAGCUGAUUGUAAAUGGUGACAGAAAGGAAGUCUACCUAGGUGAUGACAACUCCCUGACCUUGACAUUCAAUGCAAGGAAUGAGGGUGAGGGAGGGGCAUAUGAAGCAGAGCUGUAUGUGGUGCUGCCCCCUGAAGCUGACUACAGUGGCAUUGCCCGCAAUAAUGAGAGCCUGACCCAGCUGACCUGCAGCUAUGAGACGGAGAACCAAACCCGAUACCUCAGCUGUGAUUUGGGGAACCCAAUGAAGUCUGGCACCAAUCUUUGGGCAGGCCUACGCUUCAAAGUGCCGCGACUGAAGGACACACACAAAACGAUUCAGUUUGAGACGCAGAUCCGCAGUAAAAAUGAGAAUAAUUCCCAUAGUGAGGUUGUACCCUACAAGCUGGAGGUGAUUGUUAAGGCUGAUGUCAUUCUACAGGGUGUGUCUCGACCAGAUAAGGUCUUCUUUCCGCCGGCCAACUGGAAGGUGACCAAAAAUUAUAAUGUGGAGGAGGACGUCGGGCCCGCCGUGGAACACAUCUAUGAGCUUGUGAACAAUGGCCCCAGUAGGAUCAGCCAUACCCUACUCGAGCUGCGCUGCCCUCUUCGUGUCCAAGGCCAAACUCUCCUUUACCCUCUGGAGUUUUCCACAGAAGGCCCCAUUAACUGCACAUCUGACAAAAACAUGAACUAUCGAAACCUCGAUCUCCAGCGCUCAUCCACGGAAUCACCUAAUCUGGCGCUGAAGGGCCAUGAGCAUCGCCUCGAGAGGAGGGACGUCCACAAGAAUCAGCUUGUGCAUUUGACUAACCUGAAUUGCUCUACUGUGGACUGCUGGAAGCUCCAGUGCAAUGUGGGGCUUCUGGAGAAGGGGACUACAGCUAUUCUUAAAAUGCGAUCCCGCGUCUGGGCAGAGACCUUCACUGAGAGACCUUAUAAGCAAUAUGUGCUGGAGUGUCUGGCCAGAUACAGUGUGAAAAAGAUGCCAUAUGCAAUCCAACCUAAAAGUUUUCCCAGUGGAAACAAAAAGGUGGUGACCCCAGUGGUUUGGAACAAACCAGAUAUCGAGAACCCAAUUCCACUGUGGAUCAUCAUCUUGGCUAUUCUAGCUGGUUUACUGCUUCUGGGUCUUCUAAUCUACAUCUUAUACAGGCUUGGCUUCUUCAAGCGAUCUGACCCGUACGGCACUGCCAUGGAGAAAGCGCAACUCAAACCGCAGGCUGCCUCUGAGGCCUAAAUAACCACCAAAGCUACCAGACCCACAGUACCUGGCCAUAUGAUUGCAACGGAGAAUUAUAUUUGAACAUGUAGAGUGGAUUAAAAAAAAAAGCAGUUGAAGAGUUACGCCAAAGAGAGACUACUGGAACUCCACUGUGCUGCACUAGAGGAAGACAAAACUCCAAAAAUCUCCAAGCCAAAUGAAUGUUUUCUUUUUUUCUUUUUAAUUUAUGUCUUUUUUGCUGGCAGGGUUGGACUGUUAUCAAAUCGAACUUGUGUCCAUGCCUAAGGCUAACAUUGGGCUGUACAAAAAAAAAAAAGACUGCAAAAGAAAUGCAGGCUACCAUCAACCUGGAGAUGCAGGAAGAUGCAUACUGGGUUUACUUGUAUGGACUCUUGGUAUGGAUAAUUUUGUUAUUUCCAUUUAACUGCCUUAUAUUGGUGCUAAUGAUCUGAUAUGAUUGCUGCCUCUGACAGGAUACAGCCACAUGUUGCUUGUGGCAUCUAGGAGCUGUGAAUUAUGCUGCCUGCAGAGGCCUGAAAGUAUUCUUCUGAUAUCUCCUAAACACAAAAAUUAGAAAACUGUUAAUUUGCCUUAAGUAAAGGCAACAUUACAUUGACAGAUAUUUAACAGCAACAUCUGUUUAAAAGCUCAGCUUUAGUUGCAAAUUGUAAUUGAAUUCCUUGGCCAAAAUGUAAGCCCCAGUCUUGCUCCAUAUGUGCUGGGAUAGGCUCCACCACCCCGCAAACUCCGGGAAUUAAAAUGCAUAGAUGAGCGUUUCUCAACUGUUCACUGAACUGAUCUCUCUCUGCCUCAGGUUGGUGGACAGUGCUGGGUUAAGUUGUUUUUGCACUCAAAGGAAAUCUACUGAUAUUAUUCCAAAGACACCAAAGACUGACUGACUGACCUUCCUUUGAGUUUUGAAUUUGACUCCUACUGAUCACUUUGUUUAAAUCCUGUGUGUUUGUGUUGAGAGUUACCAAUACUGGCAAAAAAUCAUUGUUGUGUAGUCGACUGGGAUGGGACUGGAACCACCACAGACCUGUGAAACCUCAUAUAAGGCUUGAAGCAGCGUGGUGCUUCUGUCAAAAUGCAAUGUUCUCAA